AUGUCGCAUCAAAGCGGUUCUCAGCCGGAGGAAGUUUGCCUCGUUUGUCAGGACAUCUCCACGGGAUACCACUACGGAGUUCCUUCCUGUAAUGGCUGGUCCGUCGAAAUCCUGUUUCUCCUCAAAAAUUCCGUGUUUUUCAGUAAAACAUUCUUCCGGCGUACGAUUAUGAAGAAUCAGACAUUCGUCUGUCAAUUGGAGGGCAAGUGUCCUGUUGAUAAAAGUGAGUUGAAAGGAGGAUUUCUCAGCUUUGAGUAAAAUAUUCAAUAGAUCCAAAGAAACGGAGCUAAUUGGUGAGAAUUGCGACUUCAAUGACGCGUGGUCUUAAAAAUGAGACGUCGUGGAAUGGCUCUUUCUUGACACUUCAAAAUCUGUUUUAAAGUCCUGUGAGGCCAUUUUGCGCAAGUCGUUUUGGGUCAGGCGCUUUGUAAAAGCUCCGACGAUGUUAAGAGUAAAACUUGAGAUUAUGGUCUUCCCAGAAUAAUCCUAGUAAGACUAUUUUUGAGAAAAGAAAUUGUGAACUUGAGGUAUCCGAUGCGCUUGUCGGCAUUGUCGUUUCGAAAAAUGUCUUCAAGUCGGAAUGGAUCGGAGUGGUUAGAUCCAAAGUUUUUAUUGUUUUUCCAAAUGCCUUUCUCAGCGAUCCAACAGAACCGGGAUCCAAUCGGAUAUACGAAAAGAACCCGAAGAUAUCCGCCAAUCAGAAGAGCCGACGGAAACGACGAGUUUUCUUCCAAUGAGAUUUCGGUGCUUUCAAAUUUUUCCUGAUUGAUUGAAAAAUCAAAUGUUUUGAAGGUUAACCCGAUCGAUCAAAAGGAAGACAAUUUUCUCGUCACUCUUGCGCUCACCGAACAAAAGUUUCUUUUUUCUCUUUAUUUUCAGUCGGGAAUCAAAAGUAUUUGUCAAUAAUUAGAAAAAAAUGUUAAUUUUCCAGUUAUUCAGAAAAAAAGUGAAAAAAAUUCAAUAAUUAGUAUUGAUUUAAGGGCCAUUAAAAAAAUAAUCUUUUUUUCUCAGUUUUUUUAACUUCAAGCGUUGAUUAGUUGGUUGAGAACUCAAUUUUCACUUAAAUAAUUUUUUUUAAAAAUUUUUUUGGAGGGGCCCUUCAAAAAAAUGGGUCUACCCAUAAACUAAGUUGAUAAUUUUUUUUCGGACUUUCUCUAUCUCCAAAAUAUCUACUUCUUUAAAAUGUUUCUGUAAAACUCUCUUUCAUGACAUUUCAGAUGCAACGUUCUACGGAUUUGCGAGUUCACGACGUCGCGAACUUUGAUAGAAGCCGUCUCUUCGCCUUGUCUCCUGACAGACGAGCUCUUCAUGUCCCAAUAUUCCGUUCCCGUUAGUUUUUCGAUCUGGAGUUCACUAUCCGUGCAGUUGAAAAAGUCUAGAUUGGUUUUUUGAAGCUUUUAUCUGAAUUCCCGUUCAUUUUUCUUAGAACUUUGUUUUGAAUGAUUCUCUCAUUAUUUUUCUCAGAAAUUGAAAUUUUGCUUCAUUUGCUGCGAGAAGUUUGUACCUAGAAUGGCUCAGAGCGUCGCGGCCAUUGUAAGCUCUAAAGCCAUCUUGAUGCCCAGCAGAUUUCUCUUAUUCUUCUUGAUACUAUCGCGCGCAAGUCGCGAGAGGUCGGAUAAGUUUAAAAGCGACUGCCCCACGGCCACUACGUAUUUAGCCAUUCCAAGGUCAACCUCAGACUUCAAAUUUAGUAUUGAUUCCAUUUUUUAUUAGAAAUUUCCAGUCGCGACGGAAUAACGCCUCGAUUCUGAGGUUCGCGACGCAAGCGGAUUAUCACUAUUGGCACGAACGCGACUGGUUCGUCAUGAUUGAAUGGGCGAAAACGAUUCCCGUCUUUCAACAACUGCCUUUUCCUGAUAAGGUUGGCAGAUUAAUUCAGUUGCCUAAAACUUUUUUUUGGUGAAGAUUAUGAAUAAAAAUGGUUUAAUUGGACUGCUGGGAGUAGCUGAUAGGUGUAGGUUCUUUGUAUUUUCCAGAAAUAGGUAGAAAGCGAAAAAAAAAGACAAACCCAAAAAAUAACGUCUCUUUUUUCAAAUGAAGAUUUUCAUUUCAUAGGUUAUACAUCUUGAAUAAUUUAUAGGCUUGUUCAUCGCAAUCUCAGUCCGUUAGUGAAAAGGAAAUGAAAAAAAGUUGCUCCUUUCGAUUUAGUAGCGGUGGAGUGGAAAUUAUUAUUUUUUCUGUAAUCUUUUAAGUCGAAAGUUUAUUUUGAAACUAUCACCUCGGCAUCAGUUAUGAUGACUUUUAGGCGUAUUAGUUUAAAUCUCUCACAUUUCUCAUUAGUUACCUUACCUUCUGCAGCUCGCAUUAUUACGGCACUCGGCCAUCACUUAUCCUUCCUUGAUGCACGUUUUCUUUUCGCCAGACCAUGGUCCUGACACGAUCGUUUUUCCCGAUGGCGCCUAUUUUGACCGUACUCCUGAGCCCAAUCGGUAUGCUCCCUCACAGUCAACCUUUGAUCUUGUAAAAAGCUCGCUCAGACCCCUGGGAUUCAAUAAAAAGAAGUAUCAAAUGUUGGACCAACUUUUGAAGCCGUUGAGAGCCUUGGAGAUCGAUUUGACCGAGUUCUCAGCGUUCAAAGCUAUCUUCUUCUUGAAUCCAGGUGAUUCGAAAUUAUGAAUCAUUUUGAUCUAGAGGUGGGUUUCAGACGCAGAUGACGUCGACACGUCUUCAAAAAAGCCUCUGAGCGACGGGAGAAGUGGGAUCACAAACGCGCUCUAUCGAUACAUGGUGAAGAAGGGCGGCAGCGAAGAAGCCGGCGAUAGGUUUGGAUGACGUCGUUUUUCUUACUUGGUUGAUGUCUGAAAUUCAACGCUUUCGCUUUACAUUGGACACGAUUGGUUAAACUCUAGUUGCCAAAAAUGAGUCUCAGAAUAGGACAAUGAAGUGGCUGCUGUUUAGGAUUUUGAACAAGAUCAGAAACAUUACAUGCUUUUUUUGGAAUUUGGUUUGAAAGUUACUCGUUUGGUGAUUGACUUGUAGGACCAUCCAAAGCUUUAAAAUUGAAGUUUCACAAUAGUAAUAUUCGGAUGAUUGAUGCAGUCUACUACUUGCCCCUGAAAAAUAGAGUGAAGAGUUUCAGAUUGAAUAGGAAUUUUCUAAAGUUUCUCUUCUGAUAAGGUUUUCAGAAGCGCUUCUUAUGUACAAUUUUAGUCAUUUUCAACACAAACUAGACGUGACAAGCUUUCUAAUCGGUUUCCACUAUGCUAAAAAUUAUUCUCAUUUUUUACUUCAAUAUCUUGAAAGCUUUUUCCUAAUAUUUCAGCUUUUUCUCAUCAUUAUUUUCCAGAUUUGGUCGCCUUCUUCUCCUGGGCACAGUUCUGGCGACGAUGGCCGUCGAAAUGAAAGAAGCCGUUCUCGUCGCCGAUUUCUUCGACCAGAUCCAAUUCUCAACUUUUGCCAAGCAACUUCUUUUCGGAAUCAAACAGGAGUGA